GUUAAGGUUAUAGUUUCUUUUGCUUCUUUAUUGUGUUAAAAUGAAACCCUUAUAAGUUAGCAUUAGUUCAGCUAACUAAGUAGCUGAAAAAGAUGUGUUUGGAUCAACCUUUGGAGUUUGUUUGUCCCGGGAAGAUAGGAUGGUAAAGGAGAAUAAGAUUCAGAAACUGGGAACUUUUCAUAAGGAGAAAGUAAUGAACAAUGAAAGGAAUUAGUAUUUGACAAUGAUGACUUCUAGGAAUGUAUUUUCCCUUCCAAAACAACUAUCUGCCCUUCGUAGAAAUCAUUUCUCAUCAAGGAAGCAAUGUUCAGUUCGCCAACAACUGUGUAGGUAACAGUUCGGAGUUUGAUCAAGUAAAAACUCCGUUAAAGAUAGAAAAAAGAGUGUUCGCGCGAGUGGUGCUCUUGUUUUUAGGUAACUUUUAGAAGUCUAGGUAGUGUUUGGAAAAACAAAGGAAUGUAUGUUUUGGUAAAGGUAGCUUUGGGAAGUAUCUAAUGUUUCUCUUAAUGUCUUUUUCGCCAAUUCGAUAAUAUUAGAUCUAUUACAUCGAUUUUUAGAUGAAAAUUACUGUUUUGGUGAGUCUAUUUAUCAUCCCUAUAGCCCAUAUAGAAGUCAAUUUGAUUUGGUUUUCAAUCUUGUCUGUCUUGUAUAGAAUCCCCAGAAGGUAAUUUUGAUGUGGUCGAUUUUCCCUCUUUUGCAAUCAGUUUCGCUACAGCACCCGCUGCUUUAGCUAAUUGUCGACCCUUUCCAAGUGUGAUUUCUAUGUUAUGUAUGGCCGUGCCUAAGGGCAUAUCGGUCAAAGGUAGGGCUAUGGUGAGAUGAACCACUCAAUUCCAGGCAGUAUCUAGUUUUCCACAAAUGUCAUUAUGCGGAAGUUUUCCUUUUAACCUAUGCUGAUGACUAUUCAGAGUUCAAAUAUACCACAAAAUCCUUGGUUGCUGUCAUUUAAAGAUCACACAAAAUGUUGUUGAAUUUUAGAAAGUCAUGCAAUGAAGAAAAAAAAAAAAGAGACGUAAGAUAUUGAAUUUUAUUCUGAAUAUAUGAUCCAUAUGCAACACAUAUGUCCCAUUUUUUUUGGCUCUUUUGCUGACUUUUUGACAUUUUAGUUGGACUUGAAAGUUAGCAGUUAUUUUUGGGUCUUUCUUACAUGAUGAGUCUGUCAUUUUCUUGCUGUUUACUCAUUAUUCUUCUCCUAUUAUUGAGGACAAUCUUUCAUCAGAAACAUAUCAAUGGCAAACCACUACCUGUAUUUUCUUCUAUGGUUAUCAUCAUUCAUGUCUUCCCAAAUCUUCGGAUCGUUUUCGCUUAGUAUGAUCAAUGCAACCCAUCCUUUAAUAGAUGGGGACACUUUAGUUUCAGCAAGCGGUAACUUUGAGCUUGGAUUCUUCACACCUGGCAAUUCUGAUAAACGGUACGUUGGUAUCUGGUAUAAGAAAAUACCUGUCCAAACUGUAGUUUGGGUAGCCAAUCGUGAGGCUCCACUCGAGGCACUCGUGAGUUCCUCCUCAGCAGCCAUGCUUAGACUCACUAGUGAGUCUGUCCUGGAGCUUAUUAAUGGCACAAAUGCUGUUAUUUGGGCAACCAACUUGACAAGAGCUCUGAAGAAUCCAGUUGCUGAGCUUUUAGACUCGGGAAAUCUUAUCAUAAAAGCAAAGGAUAACAAUGAAGAAGAAUUUGAUGGGAUUUUGUGGCAGAGCUUUGAUUAUCCAUGUGACAUUCAGCUGCCAGGGAUGAAGCUGGGUAAGGAUUUGAUUAGAGGGCUUGACCAGUACCUGACUUCUUGGAGAAAUAGCGAUGAUCCUUCGCUGGGAAGCUAUACAUAUCGUCUUGAUUACCAUGGUUACCCUCAACCAGUCCUGAUGAAAGGCGUAGUAGAGCAGUAUAGGAAUGGACCCUGGAAUGGAAUUAGGUUCAGUGGAAAUCCUAGUCUAAAGCCUAACCCUUUCUUCACUUUCAAGUUUGUCAUGAACUCCAAGGCAACGUACUAUGUAUAUGAUCUUCUUAAUAGCUCGGUCAUUUCUCAUAGGCUCUUGAACCCAUAUGGAACCAUGCAAAGGCUUGUUUGGAGUGAUCAUGUACAAGGAUGGGUAAUGUACUUAACCGCGCAGUCUGAUAAUUGCGAUACAUAUUCUUUGUGCGGUAAGUUUGGAAGUUGUAACAUUGCCAACUCCCCUGAAUGUGGGUGUUUGAGAGGUUUCAGACCAAAAUCACCUAAUGAUUGGAAUUCUGGUGAUUGGUCGGAUGGGUGUGUAAGGAAGGCCCCGUUGAGUUGUAAUCGAGGAGACAGGUUUGUCAAGUAUACCAAUGUCAAGUUGCCUGAUACGCAAUAUUCUUGGUAUAACACGAGCAUGACCCUCAAUGAAUGCAAGAGUCACUGCUUGCUGAAUUGCUCCUGUGUAGCAUAUGCUAGUUUGGAUGUGAGAAAUGGGGGAAGUGGGUGUUUUAUUUGGAUUGAUGUCCUGAUCGAUAUAAAGAUCUACCCAAAGAAUGGUCAAGACCUCUAUGUAAAACUGAAUGCUUCUGAAUUAGGGAAGCGGAAAAGGCGAAUCUGGAUCAUGUUAAGCUCAAUUUUUGUUGCUAUAACAGUCCUAGUUUUGACAACAACACUCUUUUUAUGGAAGAAAAUGAGAUUUUGGAGAAAAGGAAAAUCUAGAGAAAGUUACAUAGUUAGUGAUAGAGAGAAUGCAGAACCCGAGUUACCAUUAUUUGACAUCAGUCUGAUAGCUCAGGCUACUAAUAAUUUUUCGGAUGAAAAUAGGAUUGGUGAAGGCGGUUUUGGCCCUGUAUAUAAGGGUAUACUGAAAGGAGGACAAGAGAUAGCAGUGAAGAGGCUUUCUAAAGAAUCAAGGCAAGGACUUGACGAGUUCAAGACUGAAGUUAUAUGUAUCGCGAAGUUGCAGCACAGAAACCUUGUAAAACUCUUGGGAUGUUGCAUUGAAGGAGAAGAGCGGAUGCUUGUGUAUGAAUACAUGAGCAACAAAAGUUUGGAUUACUUCAUCUUCGAUGAUAUUACAAGUAAAUCAUUGGAAUGGCCCAAGCGGUUUGAGAUUAUCAAAGGGAUAACUCGUGGCCUUCUUUAUUUGCAUCAAGAUUCAAGGUUGAGAAUCGUUCAUAGAGAUCUUAAGGCUGGUAAUAUCCUACUAGACUCAGAACUGAAUCCGAAAAUUUCUGAUUUUGGCAUGGCAAGGAGUUUUGAAGGAGACGAAUGUGAAGUAAAGACCAACAAAGUGGUUGGAACCUACGGAUACAUGUCUCCAGAAUAUGCAAUAGACGGGCUCUUUUCAGUAAAAUCAGACGUGUUUAGCUUUGGGGUACUAGUGCUAGAAACCAUUAGUAGUAAGAGAAACAGAGGGUUCAAUCAUCCAGAUCACUACCAUAACCUCCUUGGACAUGCAUGGAGACUUUUUAAAGAAGGUUUGGCUUUGGAACUUGUUGAUCCAUCAAUAGUGGCCUCCUGCAAUGCAUCCCAGGUACUGAGAUGCAUACACAUAGGCUUGCUAUGCGUGCAACGAAGCCCGGAUGAUCGCCCCAGCAUGCCGUCUGUUAUUGUAAUGUUAGAUAAUGAUGUUGAAUUGCCUCAACCGAAGACGCCUGCAUUUUUCAUUGAAAGGGAGCUCCUGGACAAAGAUUCCUUAACAAGUGCUACUGUAUCUGAAUCACAUUGCAGCAAUGAGAUGAGUAUAACUGUAGUAUCUGGCAGAUAACAUUUCUUAUACUUCUACUCCCUCCGUUUCAUUUUAAUCUACACACUUACACUUUUUACGCAUGCCAAUGUAAAACUUUGAGGACAUAUAUCUUUAGUUUUGUAUUUUUAAAAAUUAUAAAAAGUACAUAUUAAUAAAAUACAUAUUAAGACGAAUCUAACAAGAUCCCACAUGACUAUGUUUUUAUUCACGUAUAAAUCACAAACGAGGGUCAAAGUGCAACUUGUGAAUAGUGUAAAAUGUCAAAGUGUGUAGAUUAAUAUGAAACGGAGGGAGUAUCAUAUAACUAGUUUUUAGACCAGUGCAAAAUGCGCGGGAAGUUGUUUGCUUACUUACUAAUAUGGUUUGAUUGCAAUGUAUAAAAAUUAGUCUUACUGUUUUGUGAUAAUAGCAUGUUCUUUUAUUGAAUUAUGUUAUAUUUAUACUAUGUUUGAUAAUAA